CUGUGAAAUGAGAAACAGCACAUGGAUAAUUCCAGACCAAACUUAAAUCCUUACCAAAAUGGAAAUUCCAGCCAAAGAAUUAAAAAGAAAUAAAGCUAACCAAAGGACCAACUAAAAAAAAAUACUUAAACGGGCAGGUGGACGCGAGUGUGGUUGCCGGGCGGGUGGACACGGGUGAAAGUCCUAUGCAGGGCGGGCGGGGCAGGUUGAUUUUGCGGGUUAAACAGAACCCGCACCGUUAGCCAUCCCUUGUCCACAUUGUGUUUGGUUCUCUUCUUUACUUUGAUUGUUAUCUCUGUUCUUCCCAUUUUCCAGUGAUACAACAAAACCAUGACCAGGGAAAGAAACUCCGAAUUUCUUCUUGAUUAUCCUCUUCUCUCCAAUAUUGAAAAGGGUUCACGGAAUCCUGAAGAACAUGACAAGUGGUGUUGUGAUAUAGCAGAGGCUAUUGAAGAGCUAAAGAAACAACUAGAAUUAGCAGGACCUCUGGUUCUUGUGAGUUUUUUGCAGUACUUUUUGCAGAUGAUAUCCAUCAUGUUUGUUGGUCAUCUUGGGCAACUUCCUCUUUCUAGUGCAACUUUAGCCACUUCUUUUGCUGGAGUAACUGGUUUCAGCUUCAUGCUAGGAUUGGGAAGUGCACUGGAAACAUUAUGUGGACAAGCUUAUGGCGCAAAACAAUAUCAUAUGCUUGGGAUACACAUGCAAAGAGGUAUGCUUGUAUUGGUGGCAAUUGGCAUUCCCAUAUCGUUUAUAUGGGCAUUCGCCGGGCAUAUAUUUGCUUUCUGUGGACAAGAUUUGGAACUUUCAACCCAUGCCGGAUUGUAUGCUCGUUGGUUAAUUCCCAGCAUUUUUCCUUAUGGACUCCUUCAAUGCCAACUAAGGUUCCUGCAAACACAAAGCAGAGUCAAACCACUUGUGAUCAGCACUGGUUUUACAAGUUUAAUUCAUGUCUUCUUGUGUUGGGCGUUGGUGUUCAAAUUGGGAAUGGGAAACAAAGGGGCUGCACUCUGUAAUGCCAUAUCUUAUUGGAUUAAUGUGCUGCUUUUGGCCCUUUAUAUAUGGUUUGCAUCAUCAUGUACAGAAACAUGGACGGGGUUUUCCAACGAAGGUGGAAGAAAUCUUCCCAGUUUUCUAUCAUUAGCUAUCCCUUCAGCACUUAUGGUCUGCUUAGAGCAGUGGUCCUAUGAGUUUCUGGUGCUUAUGUCAGGUCUGCUUCCAAAUCCAAAGCUUGAGACAUCUAUGAUGGCCAUCAGCCUAAGUACGAGUUCUCUAGUCUUCAGGAUUCCCUUUGGAUUUGGUAGUGCAGUAAGUACGAGGGUAGCGAAUGAGUUGGGGGCAGGGAGACCGAAAGCAGCAAAGUUAGCAACACGCAUCGUCUUACUUCUUGCUGUGGUAGAGGGCCUGGUACUGAGUGGAAUAGCAGUUGCAGCAAGAAAUGUGUGGGGAUAUAUAUACACUGACGAAGACGAAGUUGUGAAAUAUCUGGCUGCAAUCAUGCCAGUGCUUGCAUUAUCCAACUUCAUGGAUGGAAUACAAGGUGCUCUUUCAGGUACUGUAAGAGGAUGUGGAUGGCAGAAACUUGGUGCACUAGUCAAUCUAGGAGCCUAUUAUCUUGUUGGACUUCCUUGUGCAGUCAUUUUAACUUUUGUCUUCCAUUUUGGUGGAAAGGGUCUUUGGACAGGAAUUAUAAGUGGAAGUGGUCUUCAAGCAUUAAUUCUUCUACUUAUUACCUUAUGCACGAAUUGGGAGCUUCAAGCAAGUUCAAAAUCUAAUCUUUAGUUACAAGACAUUUUUCGCUGUCAGAUUGUAGUAGAAAAGGAACCACUAUUACUCUGAUGAAAAACUCUGCUUGUUUUGCACAGGCAAGGAAGGCCGAGAGUAGGGUACAGGUUUCCGAAACAACUGGUCAUGUGUUAUGAUUCGGAUGUUUCACAAAUCUUACCUUGUCACUCUUGCCAUACAAAGUAAAACUUAAAGAUGUAGAGAGACAAAUAAUUUUGUGUUGGGAAUAAACC